AUAAAAAUAUCGUCUACAAUUCAAAGACGACCUCUCGUUUUGUUGACAAUUAUACCAUUUACAAUUUUAAAUUCUAAGUGUACUAUUGAGCUGAUAUGAAGUGAGUAGCUCAGUCAAUCAGAUUACAUAAACAGUGAGUAUAUAUAUAACUAUGCUAUAUGUGCAGACUUUCAGUUAUAAAACGUCUGCGUUAUGGACAUAUAUAGUUUGCGGACAGAUUUGGCAAAUGCGGCAUCGGGAUUGUGAACAUUAUAGACAUUAAACUGUGUCUGUUAAGAAAACGGGAAUAAGGUUUUACGUUUCAUGCAAAACUACACAUAUGCAACGCCAACGAUGCUAGUUUUUAGUUGCAGAUUUUUGGAACACUCCAGUGAACGAAUACGAUAUGACGUCUUCCAUUGGCGCUUUGUCGGCGGAGGUUGAAUUUCUAAACAUAGAUGAGUCGACCGUGGUUUAUAAAUACCAGUCCCGCGUUCGCAAGGAGGCGAAACAGCGGCUGAAAAAUGCUGAAGUUCAAAUAUUGGUCACUUCACCAGUUGAGAUAAGGACAAUAAGGGCGUGGGUGCAACGAGAAGAGAAAGCUGCUGAUUUAUUUGUUUACAAUGUUGGCCGUGUCGAAUUCGCUACUAGGGAUAUCACAUUUAAAGGGAGACAGUCUUUAGAAAACGGAUUCGGAACAAAGAAUUUGUUCGAGAUUGACCUUGAUUCAAUAUACUAUGACAAUCCAUUGGACAAAAGGCCUGUUUACAAACUGGCGAAAACGGACAUGCUCAACCGAAAUCGAUUCCAGGUGGUUGUGCAGGUUGUUUUUGUCGACAAUAGCUGCAGUCGAGAUUUUAUCAGCCCUGCUUUCUACUGCUGCACGCAACCAAAGAGCAGCACAAAAAGAAGAACGCGAUCAACCGGUGCAAUUGGCAAACAAUACGGAAAAGCAUGGAAUGAGCCUGAGGUUUACGCAGAUGGUAGUCAGAUAAUCGAUUACUUUGAGGCACACGAAGCGGUAAUUGGCAACUUAGAGGUUAAAGGAACGCUUCAUAGCCCGAAACAGAAAGCUGAUAUAGCGUAUCACUUCGAUGUAUCUCACUCGGCGUUCAAAGAGCGAUUGUGCGAGGGAGAUGUUGUUGGAUUGUCUACGAUCGCCAAUGGCAAAACCGCCAUAGUUGAACUUUCGUCCGAGAACAUCCCAACCAUAAUACAAGCAGGCGUGAUCAGUCGCUCCGCAUUUCUUGAGGGUAAUAUUCCAGAUGAGAAAGUGACUACUGAUAGAAUUUGUAUGAUGGGAAUCGUCCGAGUAAAGACGGUUGGAAAUACAGUGAGCGGAGAAAGAGUGUACGCAUCAACAGCCUUUCCUGGGAAGGCAGUCUCCGAAUCACAUUCCUUGCGUACGGAAAACGAUGUGCUAUUGGGCAUCGCAUUGGAGAACUCGGUUCAUGAAGACAAGCAAGUUGGAUCAUUUGUACGCUGUUUUGUCUCCUUUUUGUUUGGAAUAGAAGGAAAGUGUUUAGCCCAAAAGGCAAAGGAGCUUGAAAUACGGACUGAUGCCAAGAUUGAAAAAGCCAUGUAUGAGAAGUGGAGUGAGUUGAAAGAAAUGGCGAUGUGUUGGUGUCUUGUUUUCACCUGCUUCGCGGUAUUGCUUGGCGUAAUUCUUUUUACGUCACUUCGUCUGACAUAAAUACAGUUAAUCGAAUACAUAAAAUUAGUUAAGAUUGCAUGGACGGAUAAAAGCGAUUUAUUAAACAAAUUAUUACGCACCAAUGUAUCCGAGAUAGGACAGAUAAUAUGUUGAAAUCAAACUUUCUGAAAGUUUGUUUAUAAACCGUUUAAAUGUAUUAAUCUUGAUUCUCCUCAAAAUUACAUCCUAUAUUCAGUUUUGAACUGCUUAAAACUAAGUAGAGUUAAAUUAGGUUUAUGGAAGCCUAUUUUAUCAUCCAUGCAUGCAUGCAUUCAAAUUACAAAAGCAAAUAUGAAUUUUAAGAAAGACUAUAGUUCAAUUAUCAGUUACGCUGUAGU